AGAGCAAAUCUCCUCGAUCCAUCCCCAACUUAGCGUCUCUUACGUCAGUGGGGCGCGCGCAUCGCACCAACGCUUCUUACGCUUCACUUUCUCUCCUUCUUCUCAUUAUCAUCCCUUUCCAACAACGUUCCGUCGGCUCCUCCCCCAAUUGGCGAAGAUGGCGGCAUCCGCAGCAGCAGCAGCAGCAGAGGGUGAGACAAAGCGCGACCUCUCCAUUCUGCAGAGCGGACGCCCUGUCGAGGGUUAUCUGAACACACCAGAGCUGAUCGCCGCACACGAGAAGAAGACUGGCGGCGCGCCGUACUUCCGCUUUCCGCCGGAGCCGAAUGGCUUCCUCCACAUUGGGCACGCCAAGAGCAUGAAUCUCAACUUUGGCAGCGCCCGCGCACACGGCGGCAAGUGCUACCUGCGCUACGACGACACGAACCCCGAGGCGGAGGAUCAGGUGUACAUCGAUGCGAUUGUGGAGAUGGUGGAGUGGAUGGGCUGGAGGCCGGACUGGGUGACCUACUCCUCCGACUACUUCGCUGAGCUGUACGCCUUUGCCGUGCAGCUCAUCAAGGCGGGCAAGGCUUACGUCGACCACAGCACUCCCGACCAGCUAAAGCAGCAGCGCGAACUGCGUGAGGACAGCCCGUGGCGCAACCGCAGUGUCGAGGAGAACUUGCUCCUCUUCAACCACAUGCGCCAGGGCCGCUACGCCGAGGGCGAGGCGACGCUGCGCGUGAAGGCGGACAUGAAGAGCGACAAUCCGAACAUGCGCGACUUCAUCGCGUACCGCGUGAAGUACGUGGAGCACCCGCACAUCAAAGACACCUGGUGCAUCUACCCAAGCUACGACUUCACCCACUGCCUCAUCGACUCCUUGGAGGACAUCGACUACAGCCUCUGCACGCUGGAGUUCGAGACACGCCGGGAGAGCUACUUCUGGCUGCUGGCGGAGCUGAACCUAUGGCGUCCGCACGUAUGGGAGUUCAGCCGGCUGAACGUGACAGGCUCGCUGCUGUCGAAGCGGAAGAUCAACGUGCUCGUCCGCAAAGGCAUCGUUCGCGGCUUCGACGACCCUCGCCUGCUCACGUUGGCCGGUAUGCGGCGCCGUGGCUACACCCCGGCGGCCAUCAACCGCUUCUGCGAACUGGUCGGCAUCACCCGCUCGAUGAACGUGAUUCAGAUCAGCAUGCUGGAGAACACCCUGCGCGAGGACCUCGAUGAGCGCUGCGAGCGCCGUCUCAUGGUGAUCGACCCGAUCAAGGUGGUGGUGGACAACUGGAAGGGCGAGAUGGCGGUGGAGUGCCCGAACCACCCGCGGCGGCCGGAGCUGGGCAACCGCAGCGUCCCCUUCACCGACACCUUCUACGUCGAUCGCAGCGACUUCCACACGAUGGAUGACAACAGCAAGUUUUACGGCCUGGCCCCCGGCCCCCGUGCGGUGGGUCUCAAAUACUCCGGCAACGUCGUCUGCAAGAGCUUCGAGGUGGACAAGAACGGGCAGCCGACGGUGAUCCACGUCGACAUCGACUUUGAGCGCAAGGACAAGCCCAAGACGAACAUCUCGUGGGUCAGCGCGACGGCCUCGACGCCGGUGGAGGUGCGUCUGUACAACCCGCUGCUGAAGGACGACCGGGCCGCGAUCGAUCCGGAGUUUUUGAAGUUCAUUGACGAGAACAGCGAGGUCAUCACGCACGGCUACGCGGAGAAAGGCGUGGAGAAGUUCCAGCCCUUUGAGUCGAUCCAAGUGGAGCGCUUCGGCUACUUCGUGGUGGACAGCGACACAACGCCGGACCAGCUCGUCAUGAACCGCGUGCUGAGCCUACGCGAGGACAAGAGCAAGGCGGCCGUCGCCGAGCCGGCUCAGAGGAAGAAGAAGUAA